CAACUUGUUUAAACUUGCAUUCAUGUAGUCAUAAUGAUAUUUUGCUACUUCCUUCUCAUUUCUCCCUUGCAUGCAUGCGGGCAUAUUAGUAAUCCCGGUUAACGAGAAGAAAAGUUGACUUGCAAAGCAAUCAUUAAAUUUUGCCUUGGUACCUGUAUUUUGAGUUUGUGGCUUUGUAUAAGGGAAUGGAGGGAGUAUAAAGGAUAACACUAUUUUAAAUCUGAUUUUUGAGAUCAAGUGGAGUGCACGUUUUUGUUGAUCUGAAUGUAACACAAUGAAUUUUGCACUGAUGCACUAGUCGUAUUACAAAUGUGAUCAGGAUGUCAUUGGCUCAUCGUUUUGUUAAACUGUUCUCUACGCAGGGAUCCAAAAUUUCUGAUAAAUCACAUAACCAAGAGACAACAGAUUUGCACAAGUGUAUUUCCAGUAUCCGCCAUCGCACACCUGAUCAGGAAAAGGCUAAUCUUUGUAUUCUUGUUACUGGAGCACUUGGUGGAAGGUUUGAUCAUGAGGCUGCAAAUAUCAAUGUUCUCUAUGUGUUCUCGGACAUGCGAAUUGUCCUUCUGUCAGAUGAUUGCUUGAUCCAACUUCUUCCCAAAACGCAUCACCAUGAGAUAUAUAUUGAGUCGUCUGUAGAAGGACCGCAUUGUGGAAUUUUUCCUAUUGGAGCACCAUCUACAAGCACUACAACCACUGGCCUCAAGUGGAACCUGAGUGAUGCAGAGAUGAGAUUUGGGAGCAUGAUAAGCACAUCCAACAUCGUGGAUUCAGAUAAAGUAACUGUGCAGUCAGAUGCGGAUCUUCUGUGGACAAUUUCUCUUCGAAAUCUGACCUGAAGAGCAUCCACAUGAUUGGAAUCGUCUGCUGUGUUUCCUUUUUUGUAAAAUCUUUGUUGAUCUUGUAUGCUAUCAGCUCAGCUCUUGUACAGUGCAGCUGUGUUUGUGCUCAUAAGUUGUUUUGUAUCUGAUAAAUAUAAAUGAUAUCUUGUGGCUCGUGGUUGAAACCUCUGUUAUCAGAUAGAUGGAGACCCGCCAGAUUAUCAUAA